CACUGCACCUCAGGCUGCUGCAGCGUUUUGUGUGACGCUAAACGUGAUCCUCUCACUUUUCUCUUUGGUUUCAUGCAGGAGUUUGCUGCACUGACCAAGGAGCUGAACGCCUGCAGAGAGCAGCUGCUGGAGAAGGAGGAGGAGAUCUCUGAACUCAAAGCUGAGAGAAACAACACCAGGUUACUUCUGGAGCAUCUGGAGUGCCUGGUGUCCAGACACGAGCGGUCACUUCGGAUGACGGUGGUGAAGCGGCAGGCCCAGUCUCCCUCAGGGGUCUCAAGUGAGGUUGAAGUCCUCAAAGCUCUCAAGUCUUUGUUUGAACACCACAAAGCACUCGAUGAGAAGGUAAGGGAGCGGCUACGAGUGUCACUGGAGAGGGUGUCUGCCUUGGAGGAGGAGCUCACAGCAGCCAACCAGGAGAUUGUUGCCUUACGGGAACAAAAUGCUCACAUUCAGAGAAAAGUCGCAUCUGGAGAUGGAGGAGAAGACAUCCUGGACGGCAGUGAAACUCAGAAGAUCCAUGGCAAGCGUCUGUCCAACGGCUCUCUGGAGUCGGCCCGUGAGGCGAGUCAGGUGGUGGAGCUGCAGGACCUGCUGGAGAAGCAGAACUACGAGCUGGCCCAGAUGAAGGAGCGCAUGUCGUCACUCUCCUCCCGGGUCUCUGAGGUGGAGCAGGAGCUGGAGACGGCCCGCAAGGACCUCAUCAAGUCGGAGGAGAUGAACAACAAGUACCAGAGGGACAUCAAAGAAGUCAUGUGCCAGAAGGAGGACAUGGAGGAGCGGAUCGUCACACUGGAGAAACGCUACCUGAGCGCCCAGAGAGAGGCCACGUCCGUACAUGACAUCAACGACAAACUGGAGAACGAGCUGGCCAAUAAAGAAGCUUUCCUCAGACAGAUGGAGGAGAAGAACAGGCAGCUGCAGGAGAGGCUGGAGCUCGCCGAGCAGAAGCUCCAGCAGACCAUGAGGAAGGCUGAGACGCUGCCCGAGGUCGAAGCAGAACUGGCCCAGAGGAUAGCGGCUCUCACCAAGGCGGAAGAGCGUCACGGCAGCAUUGAGGAGCGAAUGAGGCACUUGGAAUGCCAGCUGGAGGAGAAAAACCAGGAACUGCUCCGGGCUCGACAAAGAGAGAAGAUGAAUGAAGAGCACAACAAGCGCCUCUCGGACACCGUGGACAGACUCCUGACGGAGUCCAACGAGCGUCUUCAGCUCCACCUGAAGGAGAGGAUGGCAGCUCUAGAGGAGAAGAACAUGUUAAUACAAGACUCGGAAGGCUACAGAAAACAGUACGAAGAGUCACUCCAUGAUAAAUCGCAGCUGGCAGAGGAGAUUGAGAAACUGAGAUCAGAGCUCGACCAGUACAGAUUGAGGGCAGGCUCCCUCACAGAACCCACUCUUUCACGGUCUCAUCUUGACACAUCAGGCGAGCUUCGAUUCUCUCUGGGAUCUCUGGCUGAAACCCAGUCGGACCAUUACCGCUCGGCUAAAGUCAUCCGCCGGCCGAGGCGAGGUCGAGUGGGCCUGCAUGAAACAAAGGCCAAAUCCCUGGGCGAGCACGAGUGGCGCUCUCAGCAGUUAGGGGUCCUGGGGGGUCACCACUUUGAGAGCGACACGGAGAUGUCCGACAUCGACGACGACGACAGGGAAACGCUGUUCAGCUCCAUGGACCUGCUCUCCCCCAGCGGCCACUCCGAUGCACAAACUCUGGCCAUGAUGCUGCAGGAGCAGCUGGACGCCAUCAACAAGGAGAUUAGGUUGAUACAGGAAGAGAAGGAGUCGACGGAGCUGCGAGCGGAGGAAAUUGAGAACCGGGUGGCCAGCGUCAGCCUGGAGGGUCUUAACCUAGCUCGUAUGCACCACCACGGUGCCUCCAUCACUGCCUCGGCCACCGCCUCCUCGUUGGCUUCGUCUUCCCCGCCCAGCGGGCACUCCACCCCUAAAUUGGACCCUCGAAGCCCCGCCCGCGACAUGGAGCGCAUGGGAGUGAUGACUCUGCCCAGUGAUCUGAGGAAACACAGGAGAAAGAUAGCAGCAGUGGACGAGGACGGGCGAGAGGACAAGGCCACCAUUAAGUGCGAGACAUCGCCCCCUCCAACGCCACGUACCGUACGAAUGACACACACACUGCCAGCCUCCUCGCACAACGAUGCACGAGGGAUCGUGGCUUCACUGGAGGCUGAAGCUAGUGCUUUAAGUAGUGUAACCAGCAGCCAAGACUCCCUGCACAAGCAGCCGAAGAAAAAGGGGAUCAAAUCCUCCAUCGGACGGCUGUUUGGCAAAAAAGAGAAGGGCCGACUGGCUCAUUUAGCACACAGACAGGUCAUGGUCGAUCCACAAGCUACAAUGAUGGACCAAGACAUGUCGGGUCAGGACAUGGGGGUUGGCAAGUUGGGAACUCAGGCUGAGAAGGAUCGCAGGUUGAAAAAGAACGGACAUGAGCUUUUGGAGGAGGCCAGGAGGAAAGGUUUACCCUUCGCUCAAUGGGACGGCCCUACAGUUGUAGCCUGGUUGGAGCUGUGGUUAGGAAUGCCAGCCUGGUACGUGGCAGCAUGCCGCGCCAACGUGAAGAGCGGCGCCAUCAUGUCGGCCCUUUCUGACACAGAGAUCCAGAGAGAGAUCGGAAUCAGUAACCCUCUGCACAGGCUCAAACUCCGCCUGGCCAUCCAGGAAAUGGUCUCUCUCACCAGCCCCUCAGCCCCGCCCACCACCAGAACCCCGUCAGGCAACGUAUGGGUGACCCAUGAGGAAAUGGAGACCCUGGCAGCUCCUUCCAGAACGAAGUCUAACUCUGACGAGGGAAGCUGGGCACAGACUCUGGCUUAUGGGGACAUGAACCAUGAGUGGAUAGGCAACGAGUGGCUGCCCAGUCUCGGACUACCUCAGUACCGCAGCUACUUCAUGGAGUGCCUGGUCGACGCCCGCAUGCUGGACCACCUCACCAAGAAGGACCUGAGGGUGCAUCUGAAAAUGGUGGACAGCUUCCACAGAACAAGUUUACAGUAUGGAAUCAUGUGUCUGAAGAAGCUCAACUAUGACAGGAAGGAAUUGGAAAGACGAAGAGAACAAAGCCUGCAUGAAAUAAGAGAUGUGCUGGUGUGGAGUAAUGAACGAGUCAUCCGCUGGGUGCAGAGUAUAGGCCUGAGGGACUAUGCCAACAUCCUGCUGGAGAGCGGCGUGCACGGAGCUCUGGUCGCUCUGGAUGACAACUUUGACUACAGUAGCCUGGCGCUGCUCCUCCAGAUCCCCAACCAAAGCACUCAGGCACGUCAGAUUCUGGAGCGAGAGUACAACAAUCUGCUGGCGCUGGGCACCGACAGGAGGCUGGAAGAGUGUGAUGACAAGGACUUUCGGGGUCCGUCCUGGCGGAGACAGUUCCCUCCCAGGGACGUCCACGGCAUCAGCAUGAUGCCUGGAUCAGCAGAGACUCUUCCUGCCGGGUUCCGUCUCACAGCAACAUCUGGUCACUCCAGAAGGCUUCCCCCUGAGGUUGGACCGUCUGCAGUGCAGCGACUGGACAGCUCCACGGUGAGAACCUACUCCUGCUGAGAGGAGGAAGAGGGACCAUAAACUGUACUCACUACAGUUCUGAAUGGAAAUGUAUUAUUGGAGCUGCUGGACGGGCCCAAUCUGCUGAGGAACUAAACCAGUCUGAUGACACGCACUGCCAAGAAGCUCUGCUUUCCUCUCUGACUCCCCUGUAACGUGGGCGCCGGUGCUAAACUGUCCUGCAGGCUGCCUCGUCGUCACCAUUUCUACCUUUUACAUGUAAAGUAACUUGUCAGAGCAUAAUGUACUGUGCAAUUCUAUCUGUAAAAUAAUAUAAAUAUGCCAUUUUUACUAUAUACACAAACAUGUAUGUAUAAAAAGAUAUUCAGAGUUUGUGCGAAAAAAAUCGUCCUUGCCGCCUCAUUUAGUGGACUAUAGAAUACAUGCUGCUCUUUAAAGUCCAUCUUUCCCUUGUACGAGAUCAUUUUGUACAUAUGGUUUUAUUUUUUCAUUGUGCUAAUAUUUAUGACUAUGAAUAUGUUCUGUGAAAACCUGCCCUCUAGUGGUGGCUCAUUGUACCACCAACAAUUUUUCUUAUGGACUCGCACAACAACAACAAAAAGGAGCGUUUUUCCGAGGAUGUGUCGACACCGGAACAUGACGAGCACUUUCAUACAACCGCAUCAACUCAGACUUUUAGUAGCCAAGGACAAAAGAAGAGACAGUUGUCUCUCAGAACGUAAACAGCAGUACUCCCAUGUGUGGACCGUGUCACUUGUUGUAGCGUAUGUUUUGUCAGCAUCAACACACUUGCAGCUCAUCGUGUGUAUAUGACCAUGUUGAAGUGAGGUGAUUUGGCAAAACCUGUUGCUUGCUGUGACUUACAUUUGGUGCAAGUGUUACCUUUUGAUUUUCUGGUUGAUCUACUGCACAGGCCUGACGUCUGUUUGACAUCUUCAAUUUGCACGAACGAGGAACCAUUUCGUUUUUUUUUUUUUUUUUAUUAUUCUUGUACUUUGGUCA